AUGGGGCAAUUUGUCUAUACCAUUGCAGAGAAUGUCAUGAAUGGGCUAGCUUCCUAUGCUUACCAAGAAAUCUGCUUGGCGUGGGGUGUCACAGAUGAACUAAACAAGCUUAAGGACACCUUCUCAAGCAUCAAGUUAGUGAUCCUGGAUGCAGAGGAAAAGCAAAGGAAGGAACUCCGUCUGAGCCAAUGGCUAGGAAAGCUCAAAGAUGUUUGCUACGAUGUGGAUGACAUGCUUAAUGACUUUGCAUUCAAAGAACUGCAGAUGCAAAUGCUGAUCCUCCGUGGGCGUGGGAGCAUCAAAGAACAGGUACGCAUAUUCUUUUCGGGUUGGAAUCCGGUCGUGUUUAACUUCAAAAUGGGUCAUAGAAUCAAGGAGAUUAGAGAAAGGUUAGAUGUAAUAGCAAUUGAAAAAUCUCAGUUUCCUCUAGUGGAGAGAGCUGGAGAUUGGCAGAGUCAGAGUGUGCCCACAGAGAGGGAGACUCACUCUUUUGUGCAAGCCUAUGAUGUUAUCGGGAGAGAGGACGAUAAGAAACAGAUUAUCAUCCAUAUCUUGAACUUGACCUUGAAGGAAAAGAGUCGUGAUGUCCAGGAAAAUGUUUCUGUUAUAUCGAUUACUGGAUUAGGAGUGUUGGAUGAUGUUUGGGAUAAGGGUCAAAUUGGAGUAACAACUGCAAAAUGGAUUGAUUUAAAAGCUUUGUUAAAUGUUGGAGCAAACGGGAGUAAAGUCAUUGUCACAACGCGUAGCGAAUCGGUUGCUUCGAUUAUGGACUCUGUUUGCGUGCAUCAACUGAGAGGUCUUCCCCACGAGAGUUGCAUGUCUUUGUUCAUAAAAAGGGCAUUUGAUCGAAAAGGAGAGGAGCAGCGCUAUCCACACUUGAUGGAAAUUGCACAUGGUAUUGCAAAGAAGUGCGAAGGGGUUCCUCUAGCCGUAACCACCAUGGGGAGCCUGCUGUGUUUGAAAAGGGAGAAACAUUUUUGGUCAGAAGUGAGAGACAAUGACAUAUGGAGAUUGCCGCAGGGAAACGAUGACAUUCUACCUGCACUGAAAUUAAGCUACGAUGCAUUGUCAUCUUACUUGAAACCUUGUUUUGUCAUUUGUUCACUUUUCCCCAAGGAUUACGUUUUCCGAAGCACAGAUUUAGUGUCGUUGUGGAUGGCACAAGGCUUCAUUCAAUCCUCUAAAGGAAACCAGGAGUUGGAAGAGAUCGGCCUAGACUACAUAAGGCAAUUAUGCUCUAGAUCUUUAUUUCAAAUUGAUGAAGCUUCAAUUGAUUUUAUAGUAUUCAAAAUGCAUGCUCUUGUGCAUGAUUUAGCCAUGUCUGUUUCAGAAGAAGAGUGCUUAUCUGUAAACUUCCGUCCUACCUCUGAUACCUGUAAAAGGGUUCGACACGUGUCGAUGUCGGAGGAUGACUUGCCCAUGAAGGGGGAACGAGUUCCCGAAUUCUUACGUCAGUUGAAGAAAGUGUGGACCAUUCUGUUUCCAGUUCCAGGGCAUGUAGGUACCUCCAGCAAAUCUGUGUUGACAGCAUGCAUCUUGAGAUUCAAGUACCUACGGGUGCUGGAUUUGAGUGGCUCAACUUUUGAGAUGUUACCGAGUUCCAUUGGUAAAUUGAGUCGCUUGAGAUAUCUCGACUUGUCGAAAAAUCCAUUCAUAAAGAAACUUCCAGGUUCCAUUUGCAACCUGCUGAAUUUGCAGACCUUGCUGCUUUCAAACUGUGAGAAGCUCAGGGAGUUGCCCAGAGACAUCGGGAACCUGAUCAACCUCAGAACAUUGGUGUUAACCACAAAUCAGAUGGUUUUGGCAGGAGGAAUUGAACGUCUCACCUCUCUUCGAUUUUUACAGGUCCACAAUUGUAGCUAUCUUGAAUCUUUGGGCCAAGGCAUCCAAUGCCUCACUAACCUCCGAAUGCUGGUUAUUAGCAACUGUGAGAAUCUAAAGUCGUUGCCACCCGACAUGAAAUGCUUAACCGCAUUAAAGACUUUGGGUAUCUCCGAUUGCGAGAAGCUCGACUUGAUGACGUCGGGAGGAGGCAUUCGAGGUCUUCGAUCAGUCUCCAUCUCCAAAGCUUCGCGCUUGGAGGCUCUUCCCCAUUGGCUUCAAGACUCUGCAAACACUCUGCAGAGCUUGCGUGUUAAGAACUGUGAGGAUCUGAAGGAACUUCCAGAGUGGCUGCAAAACUUCAAGUUGCUCCAACAACUGGUGAUUGAAUAUUGCCCUCAAUUGUUGGCUUUACCACAAGGGAUGUAUCACCUGGGUGCAUUGAGAUUAUUGAAGAUCGUCGGGUGUUCUAAACUGAGCGAAAGAUGCAAAAGCAACGAAGGUGCAGAUUGGCCCAAGAUUGCUCAUGUCAGUAAGAUUACACUUGACGGAGAAAUUAUCGCCUCAAAAGAUGAUUAG